AUGGAUGAUCUCAAAUUAUAUGCUGCUAAUGAAGAGGAAAUGAAAAAACUUCUCAGGAUAGUUGCGUCCUUCACGAAGACUAUAGGGAUGGAAAUUGGGAUGGAUAAGUGCGCGGUGGUUCACGUAAGAAGGGGGCAAAUACGGGAAGGCGAAGGGCUGGCAGUCAUGGAGGAUUUAACAAUACCUAGGCUUAGCGCACAAGAACAUUAUAAAUACUUAGGAAUACAACAAGCUUUGGACAUAAAGAUGCCUGAAAUGAAGAACAUCUUUCGAGAAAAAUACUUUACGAGAGUAAAAAAAAUACUGCAGUCCAAGCUGAAUGCUAAAGCGAUGUUUAUGUCAAUGAACAGGUGGGCUCUUCCGUGUUUGUCGUACUCAUUUGGUGUCAUCAAGUGGACUGCUGCAGAAUUGAAAGAGCUCGAUAUCAAAACACGAGCACUCUUAACAAGGCACGGAAUUCACCACCCACAUGCGUCAUCUAAUCGACUAUACAUCCGAAGACAGGAAGGAGGGAGAGGUCUGCAGAACAUAGAAAAAACAUACAACGAAACAAUCGUAAGCAUGCGAGAAUAUUUUCAUGCACAAAACUCACCUCUUUUGCAGGCUAUAUGUCGGAGUGAUGAGAAUUUAAGUGCAUUAAAUCUCAGCAGCCGCGAGAGGCCGGUUGGUGGUGUAACAGAGGUGCAACUCAUUCGGGAGUGGCAUGGCAAGGCACUCCAUGGGAGGUAUCCUGGUAACCUGGAAAAAAAUAACAUCAAUAAAAAGGAAUCACUAACUUACCUUAGGGCUGGAUACCUAUACCCAGAAACGGAGGGCCGACUCAUUUCCAUCCAGGAUCAGGUGGUCCCGACGAGAUCCUAUAUAAAAAACAUAACGGGAAGGAACAUACCAACUGAUAGAUGCCGUAGAUGCUUGCAGGGGACGGAAUCUAUACAACACGUCGUGUCCUCAUGUUCCCUCUUAGCGCCAACAGACUACACAGAAAGGCAUAAUGCCAUGGCAAGGGUUUUUCAUCGUGCCAUUGCUGAAGAAACUGGAUUAAUAAAAACAGCAAAGAAGGCAUAUGAGUAUACUCCGUGCACAGUUUUGGAAAACGACACAUAUAAACUUUAUUGGGAUAUGGUCAUAACAACGGACAAACCAAUACCGCAUAAUAGACCGGAUAUAGUGCUUUUCGACAAAGGGCGAAGAUCUGCCAAAAUCAUGGAUGUCACGGUCCCAGCUGAUGAUAACAUAUCAAAAGCAUUCACGGAGAAGCUUACGAAGUAUCAAGACCUUGCCUUCGAAUUGAAGACUACUUACGAUCUCAGGUCGGUGGUGAUUCUCCCUCUCAUAAUUUCCACCAGUGGGCUGGUUGAGGCACACCUAGAGGAGUACACUCUCAUGCUGGGUCUACAAAAAGAGUUGAUAAGUACUGCACAGAAACAGGUUAUUCUUGCUACCACAAGGAUAGUGCGAAAGUUCCUUUCUACCUCCUGA